CUAACCUAUCAUUUGCAACAAGACAAUGGCCAUGAAAAUUCUCUCGGUGUGCGUGUCUCAACUUGCCUUAUUGUUCCUUCUCUUGAACUUGGCAAAUGGUCAAGGCCUCAAGCUUGGUUUCUAUAACAAGAUAUGUCCCCAAGCAGAACAAAUAAUUCAGAAGACAAUAGCAAGAUAUGUCCUGAGAGCACCCACACUUGCAGCACCAUUACUAAGGAUGCAUUUCCAUGACUGUUUUGUUAGGGGGUGUGAUGCUUCCUUGCUGUUGAACUCCACCAAAGGUAAUACUGCCGAGAAGGACCACCCCUCCAAUCUGAGUCUCAGAGGGUUUUACAUUUUCGACGCUGUGAAGGAGGCGGUCGAGAAAGUCUGUCCCGGCGUUGUCUCCUGUGCUGACAUUGUUGCACUAGCAGCAAGAGACGCAGUCUCCUUGAUUCAUGGACCAACAUGGGAUGUUCCAACGGGUAGAAGAGAUGGGCGCGUAUCAAAAAUCUCAGAUAUAUUGAGCAAUUCGCCUUCUCCCUUCAUGAACAUUACUCAAUUGAAGCAGAUGUUCUCUGCAAAGGGUCUUGACUCGAAGGACCUCGCCGUCUUAUCAGGUGGCCACACAAUUGGGAAUUCUCACUGUACGGGUUUCUCUUAUCGUAUCUACAGCUUCACAGGCAAGGGCGACACCGACCCUGCAUUGGAUUCGAAAUACAUCCCCAAACUCAAAGCGAAAUGCAAGCCAGGUGACACCACCACCCUCGUUGAGAUGGACCCUGGAAGCUUCAGGACCUUUGAUACCCACUACUACUCUCUGAUCCAGAAGAGGAGGGGUCUCUUCGUGAGCGACUCCGCUUUGCUAAACGACCCUGUAACCAAUGCUUAUAUCACCACCGCGGUCGCCUCUCCUGCCACUUUCUUUAAGGACUUUGCAGCCUCAAUGGUUAAGAUGGGCAAAGUUGGGGUUUUGACUGGAAAUGCUGGAGAAAUCAGGAAGGUAUGCUACAAAAUUAACUAAGGCCUACUCCCCCAUUUCUGAAUUUCUCUGGGGAUUUUAUUUUUGAUUGCAAGGUUCAUUCUCUUUUCUAUGUCUGUUUUGUGGCUUUGUAUUUUGAAGUUGCUUGAUGUUAUGGUAGCUGGCUUCUUGUUUGGAAGGGUCCGAUUUUGCAGAUGUAACCAUUCAUUCUGAAUCAAGAAGAUCCUUCUGUUUCAUGUGAUA